UGCCGGCAGGUCGGCCGGCGGUAGCGGCGGCCGGGGCGGGCAGAGGGCGGCCGGCAGGCUGGAGCUGCGCCGGGAGGAGAGGACCAUCCCCCUGAUCGUCAUGUGCAAUUGACUCUUCAGAAAUGUGAUGACGAGGGCUCCCCAGGGAGAGAGGAGCAGCCGGCGGGGUUUUGAUGAGAAGGCUUACUUGUCCUCCAAGGUGCUGAAGGCUGGAGAAGACCCCUACCGCCAGCACGCCUUCAACCAGCUGGAGAGUGACAAACUCAGCAGUGACCGCCCCAUCCGGGACACCAGGCACUACAGGUGCACCUCGGUACGCUAUGACCCUGACCUGCCUGCCACCAGCGUCAUCAUCACCUUCCACAACGAGGCGCGAUCUACCCUGCUCCGCACGGUGAAGAGUGUUCUGAACCGCACCCCUCCCAGUCUCAUCCAGGAGAUCAUUUUGGUAGAUGACUUCAGCUCAGAUCCUGAGGACUGCCAGCUCCUUACCAAGAUUCCAAAGGUCAAGUGUCUACGAAACACUCAUCGAGAAGGGCUGAUCCGCUCUCGGGUGCGAGGAGCUGAGCUGGCAGCUGCUGACAUCCUCACCUUCCUGGACAGUCACUGUGAGGUCAACAGCGAGUGGCUGCAGCCAAUGCUUCAGAGAGUGAAAGAGGAUUAUACCCGAGUGGUGAGUCCAAUCAUUGAUGUUAUCAGCCUGGAUAAUUUUGCCUACCUGGCAGCAUCAGCAGAUUUGAGGGGAGGGUUUGACUGGAGCCUUCACUUUAAGUGGGAACAGAUUCCUAUAGAGCAGAAGAUGUCCAGAACAGACCCAACUCAGUCUAUAAGAACCCCUGUCAUAGCAGGAGGCAUCUUUGUGAUUGACAAGUCCUGGUUUAACCACCUGGGAAAAUACGACACUCAAAUGGACAUCUGGGGAGGAGAAAAUUUUGAGCUCUCGUUCCGAGUGUGGAUGUGCGGAGGCAGCUUGGAGAUUGUUCCCUGCAGUCGAGUGGGACACGUGUUCAGGAAACGCCAUCCCUACGACUUUCCUGAGGGCAAUGCACUGACUUACAUCAAGAACACCAAGCGCACAGCAGAGGUGUGGAUGGACGACUACAAGCAGCACUACUACGAGGCACGGCCGUCGGCUGUCGGCAAGUCCUUCGGGAGUGUUGCAGAGCGAGUGGAGCUGCGGCACAAACUGAACUGUAAAUCCUUCCAGUGGUAUCUGGAGAAUGUCUACCCCGAGCUCAAGAUUCCUGAAAAAGAGUUGAUUCCAGGAAUAAUUAGGCAAGGAAGAAACUGUCUGGAGUCUCAGACACAGGAUACCACAGGGAAUAUAUUGGCUGGCAUGGGAAACUGUAAAGGAACAGUGAACAAUCCACCUGUCACUCAGGAAUGGAUAUUCAGUGACCCUCUAAUUAGACAGCAGGACAAGUGUCUUUCCAUUACCUCCUUCUCUGCUGGUUCUCAAAUCACACUGGAAGCUUGCAGUCAAAAAGACAGCAGACAGAAGUGGAAGAUGAAAGGCAGUUUCAUUCAACACUUUGUCAGUGGUCUCUGCCUGGAAAACCAGACUGGAAGAGUGGUGACCAAACCCUGUCAAGCAGGUGUACCUGGCCAACAGUGGGAGCUGCUCCAAGCAACAUGAUGGUAGCACAGAGAUCUCCUUGUUUCUUUGUGCAUGAGACUUUGGGAACAGAGGGGGAUCAGGAAGGGAGGAAUGGUUUUAUAUGUCUGACCCUAAAUGUUUUCAUUGUGCCCAUCAGUAAGCACCACUUCAGCUGAGCACUUGAUGUUUUUGAGCUUUUCAGAGAAGAAGCUGGGGGUGAGAGGCAUCAGGACAGUUGUCAAAAUCUUCUGAUGUACUGUUUUAAGUUUUCCUUUGUAGCUGGUGCCUGUGCACAGCUGCACCUAGAGAUGGAGGAGGACUCAGCCCAAUACUUGCUGCUUUCCCCAUCCUUUCCUUUCUCUGCAUCCAGAGUCCACAACCUUCAGUCCAGCAGCUCAGGCUGUGCUUGUACAAACAAUGGUAGCUCUUUGGCUUCCCUGGCUUUUUGCUCUAACAUCGUGCAUUUUUUAUGCAUAUGUCUCUCAGCAAGGACUGGUCAGAAGAGUCACUGUGAUCAGUGGAGAGGCUGGGAAAGAGCUAGCAGAUCCUGGGGGCAGGUUUGCCACCUCUUCUUGGUGGCCCCAUUCCUUCCUCUGCCCACAGUAGCUGCCCUACAGCCAAUUGUGCUGAGGUUGGGCAGUGCUGACAAGAGAGAUUGAAAAGGGACAAUCUGUUUUACCAGCCUAACCAGGGAUUGUUUCAGGGACUAUUCCCUGUUGAAGUCUUCCUUCCAGCUUUUUCAUGUGUGGAAGGCCAGCCCUGCCCCCAAGAGUGGCCAAGCCUGCAGUUCAGGGUACUCUGUUCUGGUGGAGCCAGCCACACACAGACAGAGGUGCUGCACAUGGCUCGGGCAUGUGGCAGGAGCCCACCCAGAUGCCCACUGUGAGAGACAGAAGGGGACAGCCCCCAGGUCAUAGCAGACUUCUUGCUUGUUCUCCUGCUUGUCUCUCCAGCUCUGCAUAGCCCCUGUGAACAGAGCCUGGCAUGACAAACCACCCACUCCCUCUGUCUAGCUGUUUUUCCUUCUCUCUUUGAGAAAGAUGAGGCAAAAAGGCUGGGGCUGCUCUACUUUUGACAUCCCUCUCUCUUCCCAGUGAGCACCUUGGGGAGAGGUUAGCUGGUGAAGCUGAAACUGCCCCCUGCACAGAUGCUGCCACAGUGCAGGGCCUGCUCUGAGAGAGGCUCCUUUGUGUUCUGGAAAUACCAAAGACACUGGUGGUCUCUAGCUAGCAUCCCAAUCCUGCUCCCAGUUACCAGUCAGCUCUAGCCACAUGUGGGUUUUCAAACCUGCCAAGGGAUGCUUACCUAUUCAAAUAAAGUCCCCACAACCUUGCCUUCUGCUAACUAGAUCUGUUAAAUUUUCCUCUUGAGGUAGAUUCUGUAAACCAACCUUCCUUUCCAAGACCCUGACAGGGGAGCCAGAUGGUGGGACCACUUCAUUAGGCAAUUGCUUGCCUGGAUCCCUUCUAAUCUGGUGUAGAAGAAACAGAUUGUUCAUUUGGAUUCUGAGCAGCUGUUUGCUUUUAUCAUGUUUGUAUCUCUUUUUAAUUCUUUCUCUUGGCUUGGUAUUAGCCCAAACAGUUGACAGAAGAACAGAUAAUGUCCUUCAUACAUUGCAUGUGCUUAGUGUGAAAACCAGAGAAUGUUUUUGGUUCCUGGUUUAAAAAAAUUAAAUCCAUCACGUGGCAGGAGCUCUUAUCCUGUCUCCCCCUUCACUUUGAAAUCAGAUCCCCAUCUCAGCACUGAUCAGCCAGAAGAAUGACCUGCCUGCACUGGGAAAAUUCACAAGAGAGUUCCUUUUGAUCCUUACAGAAUGAUGCAGCUGCUCUUCUGUGUGGAAAUGAGGACACUGAUUCUGCAGUGAUUUCUCUUUGCCUGUAUAGAGAUGCUUUGGGCCAGAACCACUGAGGUCAGGAGAGAGCAGAGAAGGAAGGAAAAUAGCCUAGGAAUGGAAUGAGAGCAGGCCAGACAGACCCAUUGAGGGGAGAGAUGCCAUCCUAUUAGCUACUGCAUGUUUAAACAAGAAUAUACAGGAGAUGGUCCUUUCAGAAUAGCAUCAUUAUGCAGUAGGAGACAGGAACAGUCAAGUUCUUACCUGCCUGGCUUGAAAAGUCUUGAUGCAAAGACAGCUGAAGUGCCACUGAGCAGGUACUGUUUGUAAACUCCAUAUACAAUGAAGUGUGCAAGGAUUACAUAUUUUCAUCAAAACACAGCCUAAGUGGACCACCUGACCUCCCCCAGUUUCACUCUCCAGCGCUACCAGGUACUGCCUCCUUCCUCCCUGCUCCCACUGUGUGUGUGUGCAGCUUUCUUGCAGUUCUCUCUUCAUAACCACUCUGGGACCAGGACC